UAGCAAGCACUUGCGUUUUUAACAAGUCAAUAAUAUGUGUCAUCAUAUACUGAAUGCUCAUUGAGGCUGAUCAGCAUAACAAACGCGAAACACUCCCAAACUUCUUUCCUCCCGCAAACUGUAGCGCGGAGGAAAACUGUGAACAAGAGGCAGAAUUGUGUGGGCGACAGAAAGGGCGGAGUUAUGGAGAGCUUGCUAUGCGCGCAGCAGGUACAUGGUCAUGUUCAUCCCCCCUACGCUUAUUCUGCUUCUUUGCUCCAGAAGCGUCGCAUCCGUAUCAGUAAAAUGUCUCGGCUGCUUACGAGGAACAAUAGUUUUGGCCGCCGCUGCGACAUAAUCGUAUGUGGUGGAAGCUUCAAUGAUAGUACGAGAAACACUCAGCCGGAAAGAAGCGGGAUUCAGCUUUAUCGGAAUAUUGAAAGAUUACUCACAGAUACGGUGAAACAUUCUCAAGAAGCUCGGGGUACCUCAAAAGACUGGAAGGAAGUUGAGGGAACAUGGGUCUUAAAACCAAGAAACACAAAACCUAAAGUACUUGUACACUUUGUUGGAGGGGUUUUUGUUGGGGCUGCUCCUCAGCUUACCUACCGUUUAUUCCUGGAGCGCCUCGCUGAGAAGGGUAUAUUAGUUAUUGCCACCCCUUAUGCUAGUGGCUUUGAUCACUUCUUGAUUGCAGAUGAAGUGCAGUUCAAAUUUGACAGGUGUUUUCGGUUUCUCCAGGAGAUGGUAGAAGAUCUUCCGGUUUUCGGCAUCGGUCACUCAUUGGGUUCUGUUAUUCACCUUUUGAUUGGUUCAAGGUAUGCUGUUCAGAGAAGUGGAAACAUAUUAAUGUCGUUUAACAGUAAGGAUGCGAGCCUUGCAAUUCCAUUGUUCUCCCCAUUCCUUGUACCAAUGGCUCAAAGCAUUGAACCACUUCUUUCACAAAUUGCAGCAUCACCAACAGUCCGUCUUGGGGCAGCGAUGACUCUAAAGCAGCUACAGACUCUUAGCCCUACUGUUAUGAAGCAAGUACUUCCCCUGGUUGAACAGCUUCCUCCUUUAUAUAUGGACUUGAUUAAUGGAAGAGAAAAUUUUACUCCCAGGCCUGAAGAAACAAAAAGACUGAUAAAGUCUUACUAUGGCAUUUCAAGGAAUCUCUUAAUAAAGUUCAAAGAUGACACAAUUGAUGAAACAUCGGCACUAGCUCAGCUGCUUAGUACGGAUUCUGCCAUCAGUUCAGUUUUGGAUAUGUCUAUUCGAUCUUUACCCGGUGGCCAUGGACUUCCUCUACACCAGGCUCUCCCAGAUGUACCACCUGCAAUGACGAAUGCCGUUAACAAGAGUGGGGAGCUUCUGGCGAAUUUGACUGCGGGAACGCCAUGGGAAACCUUAGCUAAAGAAGUAGGCAAUGCCUUAGCCAGCGGAGACUCAAAUGUCCUUCGUCCUGAAAUACCCAAAGAUCUUGAUAUGCUAAUAGAUGCAUUAGUUUCAUGGAUGGCUUCAAAUUCUGGCCCCAAACUUCUACGAAGCUGAAAAACGAAACUUAUCGUUUUCAAAAGACUGGACAUUGACCAAAUGUCCAAAAGAUUACCACUUGGUUGAUUUCUAUGCUGUAUGUGGAACAGUGGACGUGUGGAGUUUCAACGCAUGGAAGAAGAAAAGUAAAUAUGAUACGGUAUGAAAGUGUGACUUUUAUAGACUAAUAGAGAGUACUCGUUUUAUUUAGUAAAUUAUCCUUUACAAUCGUAUUUAUACAGUCAGAGCCCUAUGCUGGAGAUAUUUCAGGGCAAAGUGUGUGUAUUUUUAUUUGGGAAAUUUACUAUUAACCCCCUCCGUUUCUGUCAUAAAUAUUAAUGCAAUCUCGCGUUUUCAAAAAUCAAUUAGUUACCUCCGAGUUUGGAUCAUUCUCAUUCUUUGCCUCUCACGUUAAUAUUUGUUAAAUUUAAAUUUAACAUAAUUCUUAAAUUCAAUGAAAAAUGUCUAAAAUUAGUUUUAAAUGUAAAACACAAAUUAUUAUCAUAGUUAUAAGUCAUUGUUAUUGGUCGUUAUUUUUCUACUUAGCUACUUCAUCGUGGAAUAAAUAUUUUUACUCAAAUUUUUAAUAUUAAAACUCGGGGAUAAAUCACAUAAUUCAUGAAUUACAUACUCAAAUUUUUAAUAUUUUUAUUUUAAAAAAUUAAAUAUCAUUUAAUCUUAUAAAACUAAUAAACUUUUUACAUUCAAAAAACUUUUGUGAAGAUAAAAUCAUCACAAAUUAGUAAUAGAGUUAAUAAAAAAUUUUAAUAAAUUAAAAUCUAUUAUAUUUUAGGUCUUAGAUUGAGAGCUUUGAAUUAUUCAGAUCAUGAAAUAGUUAGAAUAAUCAAAAUCAUCACACAUUUUAUCUUUUAGGUCCCUUAUUCUAAACCCAUCUUUUAGGUUAUGGAAUGAUAAAAAAAUCUUGGUAUUUCUUCUUUGCUACACACGAAAGAAAUGUCAUUGCAAACCAUUAUAAGACUUUUAUAUUUAUAAUGAAGAAGUGCCUAAAACAAUGAUCGAGUAGUAGGUUAAGUAGAAAAGCAAACCAUCAUCAACAAUGACUUAUAAUUAUGAUAAUAAAUUGUAUUAUAAUUUAAAAAUUAAUUUUAUGUACAACUUUCAUUGAAUUUAAGAGGUAUAUUAAGUUUAAUUUAACAAAUAUUAACGUGAGGGGGUAUAUGGUGAGAAUGAUCAAAACAUAGGGGGUAACUAAUUGAUUUUUGAAAAUGAAAGGUUGCAUUAAUAAUUAUGAUAUAAGCUCAGGUGGUUAAUAAUACUUCGUAUAAUUUUCACUUUUUAUUUUAUUGGUUGUUCAUACAACAACAUCAACAAUAAAAUCCAAGCCUUAAU